AUGGACUCUCUGAGUUCGAGCUCGUUAACAUUUUCGGAGAAAAUCUGUGCUGCAUUUUCCCCCAUUAUUGCAAUUGUUGAAGCUUUAUUCUAUGCUUCGUCUGGUUGCUUCAGAUAUCAGCAGCAUUUGCACCGUCCCAAGAAGUUGCGAUUUGAUUACAGGGACGUCGCUCGACUUGCUAACGGAUCUCCAUUUACAGUAAAUGAAGUGGAAGCAUUAUGUGAUAUGUUUAAGAAGUUGAGUAGUUCAAUCAUUGAUGAUGGUUUAAUACAUAAGAUUUUUUAUCUUUUCGAUGAAAAGAAAAAUGGAGGGAUUGAGUUUGAGGAAUUAAUCCAUGCACUUGAUGUCUUCCAUCCAUAUGCUCCAAUUGAAGAAAAAAUAGACUGUAAGGGGUUCAAAGACAUUCUUUGGAUUCAAAGAAUUUCAGGUCAGCUGAUGUUUGUGUUAAGAGAGGCGGAGCCAGAAUCUGUAUGUUAUAGGUUCGGGGUUCUAAUUUUUUAA